GAAAGCUCCAUCCUUCAAGACAAGUUACAGUACAACAUCUAGCGAUGGUACUGUUCAACUGAAUAUCUUUUUACAGUACAACAGUAGUGUUCGAUCGUUCUCGCUUUCUAAUGAAUGAUGCGGAUUUUCUGUUUUCAUGGAAUCUGAAAUCAAGUGAGGAUUUUGCUGCUCUGAACGUGAAACUUGAUUUCUUAUGAGCCUCUGUUUGGUGCAGAAUACAAAGAUAUUUUUGAGGCCUUGGUUCCUUUUUCAAACGGGGAAGAAAUUUGCUCUAUAAUUGUAGGAAGCCAUUAAAUACUGUUGUCUUUAUGUCAAGAAGUCCGUUUAACACGUGAAAUCAAAGAUAUAGAAAGAAAUGUAAUCUCCUUGCAUUUCAUGUUCACUAUAUAUUGCAUUAUUGGACAAGUCUUCUUCCCUACACAUUGCAUACUCUGCAUAUAUAUUUAUAUAAAGGGAUAUUUCAAUUAUAUAUAUCAAUCUCAACUUUUAUACUUCUUGAGGAUCCUGAAAUCUCUAUUUAUAGCCAUAACAACAUCUGAGUGAAACAUGCCUAUUAUGGCUUCGAUGUGGGCGAUACUUGUGUUAGUUAUUCUUGCUUACCUCCUGUUAGAAUGGACAUGGAGAAGCAUGAACAAGACUAAGAAACUACCUCCUGGUCCAAGAGGCUUGCCUAUCUUCGGGAAUCUUUAUAUUUUUGGAAAAUUUCCUCAUCGAGAUCUUCAUCAACUAGCCCAAAAAUAUGGCCCCAUCAUGCACUUGCGCUUAGGCAUUGUGCCCACCAUUGUUGUCUCCUCCCCCCAAGCUGCUGAGCUGUUUCUUAAAACUCAUGACCUUGUGUUUGCUAGUAGACCACCUACUGAGUUUGCAAAGCACAACUCGUAUGAGCAAAAAGGCUUGUCCUUUUCUCCUUAUGGUCCUUAUUGGCGCAACAUUCGCAAGAUGUGCACCCUUGAAUUGCUUGGCAACCUCAAAAUCAAUUCUUUCAGAUCCAUGAGGAAAGAAGAGCUUGGCCUACUGGUGAAGUUUCUUGAAAAGGCUGCCUCUGAUUGUAAUGUUGUUGAUCUCAGUGCCAAGGUCUCGUCCCUCAGCGCGGAUAUGAGUUGUCGUAUGGUGUUGGGGAAGAAGUACAUGGAUAAGGAUUUUGAUGAGAGGGGAUUCAAGGCUGUAAUUCAAGAAGCUAUGCAUCUAGGUGCUACUCCUAACCUUGGUGACUACAUUCCUUAUACUAGUCCAUUGGACCUUCAGGGGUUGAGGCGACGCAUGAAAGCUGUUAGUAAGAUAUUUGAUGGCUUUUUGGAGAAAAUUAUUGACGAUCAUGCCCAAUCCAAAGAUGAAAAUAAGAUUAAGGACUUUGUUGAUGUCAUGUUGAGUUUCAUGGGAUCUGAAGACUCCGAGUACCCUAUUGAACGAUCCAAUAUCAAGGCCAUAAUCUUGGAUAUGCUUGUAGGAUCAAUGGACACUACUGCAACAUCAAUUGAGUGGGCAAUUUCAGAAGUCAUCAAGCAUCCAUGGGUAAUGAAGAAACUUCAAAAGGAGCUGGAAGAUGUAGUGGGCUUGGAGAGGAUGGUAGAGGAAUCAGAUUUGGAUAGGCUAGAAUACUUGGACAUGGUUGUAAAGGAAACUAUGAGGCUACAUCCAGUAGGACCUCUACUGAUUCCUCAUGAGGCCACAAAGGACAUCAUUAUCCAAGGCUUCCACAUCCCCAAGAAGUCUAGGUUGUUAAUAAACGCAUGGGCAAUUGGGCGAGACCCAAGUGUUUGGAUUGAUGCUGAGAAGUUCUUCCCAGAAAGGUUUGUCGAGAGUAGCAUUGAUCUCCGGGGACGGGACUUCCAACUUCUCCCAUUCGGCUCUGGGAGAAGAGGCUGCCCUGGGUUACAGUUGGGUCUAACCGUGGUUCGGCUCGUGGUGGCACAGCUUAUUCAUUGCUUUGAUUGGAAGCUUCCUAAUAACAUGCUACCAAUUGAGUUGGACAUGACCGAGGAGUUUGGCCUUACAGUUCCUAGAGCCAAACAUCUACUUGCUAUUCCCCGACGUCGUGGCCUUCACAAAUGAGAAAGAAUAUCUGCUUUCUUCUUCACUCUAUUGUCGACUAUAUUUGUCGAUUUCAUGGUAAUGCAUGUCCCUGUCGUAUUCAUGUUUUUAGAACUAUUCAAGAUAUGAUGUUUCUUUGAGUUUUAGAUUUGCUUUUAUGCAACUCAUUGUAGUUUCUGUCCAAUAUGUAAUCGAAAAGAUAUUCAUAAAAUAAGAGAAAGAUCAUUGUAUGUGAAA